GAUCGUUCUCUUGUCAGUGCAGCGGCGGCGCUCCUGUCAGGCGCUCGUGGCCGAGGCCCCUCCCUCCUUCCCUCCGUCGCCCCCGCUCCCCGAUGCCGCUUCUCGGGGGCUCCGUGAUGAGGCUCGGAGGCCUCUACCCCGCUGGCUUCGCCGCCAUCUAUCGUCUCUGCUGAGGCGGCAGGCGCUGCGGCUGAACCUCGCCGCCGGUGUCCCUCGCUCUUGCCCGCACUGAGAUAACUCCAGGAGAAAAAACUGUGGAAGGUCCCUCAACCGUAAUUUCUGGAGUACGCACAAGAAGCCAUCAAAAUGUCCGGAGCUUCUGUCAAGGUGGCUGUCCGGGUUAGACCCUUUAAUUCCCGAGAGACCAGCAAAGAGUCCAAAUGCAUCAUCCAAAUGCAAGGCAACUCAACCAGUAUUCUCAACCCAAAGAAUCCCAAGGAAGCACCAAAAUCCUUCAGCUUUGACUACUCGUACUGGUCCCACACCUCGCCCGAUGACCCAUGCUUUGCCUCCCAGAAUCGCGUGUACAACGAUAUCGGGAAGGAGAUGCUGCUGCACGCCUUUGAGGGCUACAACGUAUGUAUCUUUGCUUAUGGCCAGACCGGAGCUGGGAAAUCCUACACGAUGAUGGGGAAGCAAGAGGAGAACCAGGCAGGGAUCAUCCCACAGCUUUGUGAAGAGCUUUUUGAAAAGAUCAAUGACAACAGCAACGAGGAGAUGUCUUACUCCGUAGAGGUCAGCUAUAUGGAGAUCUACUGUGAGAGAGUCCGUGACCUGCUGAACCCAAAGAACAAGGGGAACUUGCGGGUCCGGGAGCACCCUCUGCUCGGGCCCUACGUGGAAGACCUGUCCAAACUGGCUGUCACUUCUUACACAGACAUUGCAGACCUCAUGGACGCCGGGAACAAGGCCAGGACGGUGGCAGCUACCAAUAUGAAUGAAACCAGCAGCCGCUCUCAUGCUGUCUUUACGAUUGUUUUCACUCAGAAGAAGCACGACGUGGAGACCAACCUUUCCACUGAGAAGGUUAGCAAGAUCAGCCUUGUGGAUCUUGCAGGGAGUGAGAGAGCCGACUCCACUGGAGCGAAAGGGACUCGGUUAAAGGAAGGGGCAAAUAUCAACAAGUCUCUGACCACACUGGGGAAAGUUAUUUCGGCCUUGGCAGAAGUGAGUAAGAAGAAAAAGAAGACCGACUUUAUUCCAUACAGGGAUUCUGUGCUGACAUGGCUGCUUCGAGAAAACCUAGGUGGCAACUCAAGAACCGCGAUGGUGGCCGCUCUGAGUCCGGCAGACAUCAACUACGAUGAAACUUUAAGCACUUUAAGAUAUGCUGAUCGGGCCAAGCAGAUCAAAUGCAACGCGGUGAUCAAUGAGGAUCCCAAUGCCAAGCUGGUGCGGGAACUGAAGGAGGAAGUCACCCGGCUCAAGGACCUCCUCCGGGCUCAAGGGCUUGGCGACAUUAUUGACAAUCUGAAAGAUUUUCAGAACAAUAAGCACAGAUACUUGCUAGCCUCCGAGAAUCAACGUCCUGGCCAUUUUUCCACAGCGUCCAUGGGCUCCCUCACGGCCUCUCCAUCUUCCUGCUCUCUCAGUAGUCAGGUGGGCUUAACAUCGGUUUCCAGCAUCCAAGAACGGAUCAUGUCCACACCUGGAGGAGAGGAAGCCAUCGAGCGUUUAAAGGAGUCAGAGAAAAUCAUUGCGGAGCUGAAUGAAACCUGGGAGGAGAAACUGCGGAAGACAGAGGCUAUUAGGAUGGAGAGAGAGGCUUUGCUUGCUGAGAUGGGAGUUGCCAUUCGAGAAGACGGAGGAACCCUUGGUGUCUUCUCACCGAAAAAGACACCUCAUCUGGUCAACCUCAACGAAGAUCCGCUCAUGUCAGAGUGCCUCCUUUACUACAUCAAAGAUGGCAUAACAAGGGUCGGCCAGGCAGAUGCUGAACGGCGUCAAGACAUUGUGCUGAGCGGGGCCCACAUCAAAGAGGAGCACUGCGUUUUCCGAAGCGAGAGGAACCACAAUGGCGAUGUUAUCGUGACGCUGGAACCUUGUGAGCGGUCGGAAACCUAUGUCAAUGGCAAGAGGGUGGUGCAACCUGUCCAGCUACGCUCAGGAAAUCGCAUUAUUAUGGGCAAAAAUCACGUGUUCCGUUUCAAUCAUCCUGAGCAAGCACGGGCUGAACGGGAGAAGACUCCCUCAGCAGAAACUCCCUCUGAACCAGUAGACUGGACAUUUGCUCAGAGAGAACUGCUGGAGAAACAAGGAAUUGAUAUGAAGCAAGAGAUGGAGAAAAGACUUCAGGAGAUGGAGAUCCUGUACAAGAAAGAAAAGGAAGAAGCGGACCUUUUACUGGAGCAGCAGAGACUGGACUAUGAGAGUAAACUCCAGGCCUUACAGAAGCAGGUUGAGACACGGUCCUUGGCUGCGGAGACCACAGAGGAGGAGGAGGAGGAGGAAGAGGAAGUGCCCUGGACUCAGCACGAGUAUGAACUCGCCCAGUGGGCCUUCCGGAAAUGGAAAUUUCACCAGUUCACUUCCUUGAGAGAUCAGCUGUGGGGGAAUGCAGUCUACCUGAAAGAAGGGAAUGCAAUCAGUGUGGAGCUGAAAAAGAAGGUGCAGUUCCAGUUCGUGCUGCUGACGGACACCCUCUACUCCCCGUUGCCUCCUGAGCUGCUGCCCCCUGAGGCGGAGAAGACCCGUGACAGCCACCGACCAUUCCCCCGGACCGUGGUGGCCGUGGAAGUCCAGGAUCUGAAAAACGGCGCCACUCAUUACUGGUCUCUCGAGAAACUCAAGCAGAGGCUGGAGCUGAUGCGCGAGAUGUAUGACCGAGCAGGAGAAAUGGCCUCCAACACACAGGAGGAGAACGAGAGCACGAUGACCGGGAGCGACCCGUUCUACGAUCGAUUCCAUUGGUUCAAGCUGGUCGGGAGCUCCCCCAUUUUCCACGGCUGUGUGAACGAGCGCCUGGCAGACCGCACGCCCUCCCCCACUUUCUCCACGGCCGACUCCGACAUCACUGAGCUGGCCGACGAGCAGCAGGAUGAGAUGGAGGACUUUGAUGACGAAGCCUUUGUGGAUGAUACCGGCUCCGACGCUGGGACCGAGGAGGGAUCGGACCUCUUCAAUGAUGGGCAGGACCCGUUUUACGACCGGUCCCCUUGGUUCAUUUUAGUGGGAAGGGCAUUUGUAUACCUGAGCAAUCUCCUCUAUCCAGUCCCGCUCAUCCACCGAGUUGCCGUGGUCAGCGAGAAAGGGGAAGUACGUGGAUUCCUGCGUGUGGCAGUCCAAGCCAUCGCCGCUGAUGAAGAAGCCCCUGACUAUGGAUCCGGUGUCCGACAGUCUGGCACAGCUAAAAUUUCAUUUGACAAUGAGUAUUUUCACAAGAGCAACUUUUCUUCAGUUGCAAUGACCCGUUCUGGAUUGUCCUUGGAGGAACUAAGAAUUGUGGAAGGGCAGGGACAGAGCUCAGAGGUCAGCACACCUCCUGAGGAAAUCAACAGAAUGAACGACCUGGAUUUGAAGUCUGGCACACUGUUGGAUGGCAAGAUGGCCAUGGAAGGCUUUACCGAAGAGGUUGGCGACCACCUGAAACUGGGGAGUGUAUUCACCUUCCGUGUGACAGUACUGCAAGCCAGCGGGAUCCUCCCGGAAUACGCGGAUAUCUUCUGCCAGUUCAAUUUUCUGCAUCGACACGAUGAAGCUUUCUCUACUGAACCUCUUAAGAACAAUGGCCGAGGGACACCUCUUGGUUUUUAUCACGUCCAGAACAUUUCUGUGGAAGUGACAGAAUCCUUUGUAGAAUACAUCAAGACGAAGCCUAUCGUGUUUGAAGUCUUCGGGCACUAUCAGCAGCAUCCGCUCCACCUGCAAGGGCAGGAUAUCCACAGCCCCCCGCAGCCGUCCCGGCGCUACUUCCCUCCUCCUAUGCCCCUCUCAAAGCCUGUCCCCGCGACCAAGCUCAACACGGUGAGCAAGCACAGCGUAGGGCAGAGCAUGAUCAAGUACGACCUCCUCGUCUGGUUCGAGAUCAGUGAGUUGGAGCCAACUGGAGAAUACAUUCCUGCUGUUGUUGACCACACUGCAGGGCUACCUUGCCAGGGAACAUUUCUCCUUCACCAGGGGAUUCAGCGUCGGAUCACUGUCACGAUUAUCCACGAGAAAGGCAAUGAACUGCACUGGAAGGACGUGCGAGAACUGGUGGUUGGGCGCAUCAGAAACACAGCCGAAGUGGAUGAAGCUGCCGUGGAUGCAAUCCUGUCACUGAAUAUCAUCUCUGCAAAAUAUCUGAGGAUUUCUCACAGCUCGAACAGGACUUUCUACCGUUUUGAAGCCGUCUGGGACAGCUCCCUCCACAACUCCCUUCUCUUGAACCGGGUGACCCCAUAUGGAGAGAAGAUCUACAUGACCCUGUCAGCAUACCUGGAGCUGGACCACUGCAUUCAGCCGGCCGUCAUCACCAAGGAUGUCUGCAUGGUCUUCUACUCGCGAGACGCCAAGAUCUCGCCCCCUCGCUCAUUGCGCAGUCUUUUUGGCAGCGGGUAUUCCAAGUCUCCAGAUUCCAAUCGAGUUACUGGAAUCUAUGAGCUGAGCUUAUGCAAAGUGGCAGACACCGGGAGUCCAGGUAUGCAGAGGAGGAGGAGGAAAGUCUUGGACACUUCCGUGGCCUACGUCCGAGGAGAAGAGAACCUAGCGGGCUGGAGGCCCCGAGGGGACAGCCUCAUCCUGGAGCACCAGUGGGAACUGGAGAAGCUGGAGCUCCUGCUUGAGGUUGAGAAGACCCGCCACUUCUUGCUGUUGCGGGAGAAGCUGGGCGACAGCAUCCCCAAGUCCCUGAGCGACUCGCUGUCCCCCAGCCUCAGCAGCGGGACCCUCAGCACCUCCACCAGCAUCUCCUCUCAGAUCUCGUCCACCACCUUUGAGAGCGCCGUCACCCCCAGUGAGAGCAGUGGCUACGACUCAGCUGACAUUGAGAGCCUGGUGGAUCGGGAGAAAGAGUUGGCCACCAAGUGCCUGCAGCUGCUUACUCACACCUUCAACCGUGAAGUUAACCAGGUCUACAACAGCAUCAGUGAUUGUAAGCUGUCCGAUAUCUCUCCAAUUGGGCGGGACCCGUCAGUAUCCAGCUUCAGCAGCGCUACUCUCACACCUUCCUCCACCUGCCCUUCGCUGUCGGAUUCAAGAUGCAACUCAGUGGACCAGAAGACUCCUGAAGCAAAUUCUCGCGCCUCCAGCCCAGGUCCAGAAGGGGAGCCCUUCCAGUUGAUCCCACCUGUGGAAGCCUCUUACCUGGCCAGAGCAGGCAAAAAUGAAUUCCUCAACCUUGUACCGGAUAUUGAGGAGAUCCGACCCGGCUCCGUGGUCUCCAAGAAGGGGUACCUGCACUUCAAGGAGCCGCUCUCCCCGUCGUGGGCCAAGCACUUCGUGGUGGUCCGCCGCCCGUACGUCUUCAUCUACAACAGUGACAAGGACCCCGUGGAGAGGGGGAUCAUCAACCUCUCCACAGCGCAGGUGGAGUACAGCGAGGAUCAGCAGGCCAUGGUGAAGACCCCCAACACCUUUGCCGUGUGCACGAGGCACCGUGGGGUCCUCCUCCAGGCCAUCAACGACAAAGACAUGAACGACUGGCUGUACGCCUUCAACCCGCUUCUUGCUGGCACGAUACGGUCCAAACUUGCCCGAAGACGCUCAGGGCAACUGAAGUACUGAAGUCUAUGUGGGACACUCAUCCAGUUCACCCUCUAACACGCCUUCAGAUAUAGAUAAAGCGUUACCUCUCAUUUCUCUGUGAUUCUUGAAUUUCUCUCUCUUGUAUGCUUAACUUCCCUUCCCCCACAUCCCUUGCCCCUUUCAGCACUUUCCCCGCUAAUCUAACCCUUUUUGUUACUAUUUUUCAUUUUCACCUGUGCUGAAAAUCCUAUUAGUAGCAUGAGGCCAAACGGAAAAAUGGGUAGGGUGGGAUUCCAGUUUAUAUGCACGACUUUUUAAAAAGGGCAACCAUUUUCUCUGGGCGCUUGGCUCCUCAUUCCAAUUGACUUUGUCUGUACUGCUCUCUGUGAUGUGUUUGUCUCUGUCUGGAAUGCUUUUCCCCCCCUUCUGCUUUGAUUUGGGUGAUUUGGAAGUAGCUCCACUGCUGCUCUGAAAGUGAGGGUCCCUGCACUUGAGAGAAAACAGCUCUUUAUGCACAGAGAGUUACACAGGUCUCAUGAGUCUGCCUUUAUGAAAGCAGCCUGUCUGUGAACUUAAGCCACCUCCCACCCACACAUUGGUGUUAUAUUAAUUUUCAGAAUUCUAGGCCCGCACUCUGCCUGAUGGUGCUGGAGGUGACUCAUGAUUGACAAAUUUUCAGCUGUCUUCACUCCAGCUAAUGCUAGGGAAGGUUUCCAGCACAGAAUGGACUCUCCAGCCAGCUGUAGCAGUCACUCUCCGUCCUCAUAGGUUGGCCAGGGACUGUGGAAUGCAGGAUUCCCUUCUGCACUGGGUACACCGAGGACGCCCAUUGCAACAGGAACCAUGGCAGGGAGAGCUCAGAAUGCAGCUUAAGUUCUUUUUUGUCCUGGCAUUAAGUGGAGCACUGAUGAGAGGCGCAACAGGCGUCCGCGGCUCAGUGAAGCGCUGCUUCUGAUGAGGCCCCCCCUCCAAGUUUUCCUCUCCCCAGAUGCCUUGCAGAGAUCUUGGACUGCCAGUGGCCGUGCUGGCUGGGCCUGGUGGUCCAGCACUCUGCAAGCCACCAAGAGGAGAGAGGCUGCUCUUUCAGGCUACAUCUCUUCGGUAGACAGAUGUGGUCCAGCCCGCGCCCUCUCCUUUGCCCUUUUUUCCAACUGUGCAGGCAGUGUUGGAAAACGGAGCGGUCCUUGCAGGAGGGGCGGUGACACUAGUCACGAAAUGGGAGACUCAUUGUUCGGUGCUUGUUCGGAGGGGUGUUUUUAUUUACUUCUUGCUGUCAAAAAUCAUGCGCCAUAGAACUCUGCCCCUUGGCAGGAUUCAGCUAAACUCAUGAUGGGAAGCAAAUUCCCUGUCCUCCCCCCUCCCUUUUCUUUGGCUUAAUGUUGAUGCACACCUUUCCUAAUUCCUUUUUGAAAACCCCACUUAAAGCAAGAUUUAAUGCCAAACUAAUUGGAGCUGAAAAGCCGUUUGCAGUCCCUGUGUGUUUUUUUGGGGUGGAGCUUUGGAGCAGAAGGAGCUACUGAGACUUUUCCCCACUUCCCACAGCAUAAAACAACACGUACCGUACACUGGUGCAGCCCCAGAUAGCUCUCCCUUCCUCCUCUUUUGCACACCUGAGCAGGAGAACAGAUUUUCAACUUCAGAGCAAAUGCCUCUUUCUGGAACCCUUGCAGUCCCUCUGUGCUCUGAUUGGCAGCGUUUGUGGCAGUUGGGUAAAAAGAUGGGCUUGGCUUAUGCAGGCACGAAGCCACUAUCCGCACUCCGAAUGUCUUGCUGCUGCCUCUUGGCUUGACACGCCACCAGGCAUGUUGCCCGUGGCAUUCUUGGGCUCCCUAUUUUAUCGUCCCUGUUGUGUCAUAGCCCGAGCUUGCAGAAGCACCACCUGCGACGAUAAGGCUAGUGUUUGGGUUCUUCCUCUCCAGUGCAAGCUGAGGCCAUGCAUGAAUGGAGGCUUACUCCAUAUAAAAAUAAUCCUGUGAAGAUGGAAAACCAGAAAGUUUUCCUCCCUUCUUCUUGACUGGCUACUUCUAUCUUGCAGGCCUCCACCUGCAGGCUGGCAUCAUUCAGGUUGCCCUGCUCUACUCAGCACUUUUAAGUGAGAAUUAAGCCCUGGCUGAACCUUUUCUGACCCUCCCACUGAAGACUUAAGCUUUUCUUGUAAGGCAAAUUCAUGCUCUGGUCGACUUUUUCCCCUGAGGGACCACAUUUGCCUUCCUUUUUCUUUCCUCGCCCCCUUCAAAUCUACCUUUAUUUCUGUGACUUGCUUUGAUUAAGGGGUACCUUUGGUCAUUCGGAGCAAUUGCAGCCUUUGGGUUUAUAUAUCCAGAGACGACCAAACGGAUCGAUCCAUCUCUCCUGGUGCAGCUCAGCAAGUCCAUCCAGUUCAGUUCACUCCAGUCCAGCUCAGGAAAGGGAGCGUUUGUUCGAACCAGUCAUCCAUGCCUUAGCUAGCCUCGUUGCCUCAUGGAUGCCCUCGAAGAACCUCUUGUCAACGAACAGAGCAAGCUCGCUGCCGCCCCUUUGGGGAACAGCAUUCGGUUCUGCUGCGAAAUGCCAGAGAGUUGGCAGUGAUGCAGAGCUGGGGACACACGUCCGUCUUUCCCAGACGCAUCUCUCUCUCUCAAGCACAGUCAGUGUUUUGCUUGUAACCAUUCCUGGUGGGGGUCCCGAGGCAUCAUAUGGGGCAGGGUUGUGUGUUCAUUUGUUUUGUGUUGGUCAUAUUCUGCUUUAACCGUGUGUCAGUCUUGGGACGGUGAUUAAUGUCUCUUUGGUUAUACAAUGGACACACUAUUCCUUGCCAACCUGCAUGUACACGUGGCCGUUAAUUCAACAGCUAAGCGGAUUUUCCAUAGGUUUUAAUGAUGGUCUUAAGAAUUUGUGUGGAGCACUAAAUCUCUGCAGCUGCUGAUAACAAAGAUUGGGGGGAUCCUGUGUGGAACCUGAGAACCCUGGAAGAAGAUUUCCUGGCAAUAUUACAUGCACACCAAUAACCUCUUAUAUGUUCAUUUUUGUUUUGUUUUGUAGCUUGGAACAAAACUAGCCUGCCACGUCUUUGCUUUGGAGAGAUCACCACUGUGGGGUGGACUUGAAAUUCAGGAGUUAUGUAUAAGUAUUAGGAGCAUUCUGUAAGAGCAGGAACCAAAAGCACCAUGGUGCACUCAGAGCUGGGAAUUACCGCAGCUUCUUAUGUCAAGGUUGUCUAUAUUAAGUCAGCUAGUGCCAGUUUAUAUGUGGCCUGCAGGCCAGCAAAAGGGCCAACCUCCAUUUGAAGCCACUGUCCUCUGCUGUUUCCAGGGCUGGGCUUGACCUGCUGUGGUAAUCAGUUAAAAGCAACUGAAAGUUGACUUUCUCUUUCCUGGUGAGAACUGACAGCGCUUCCUUGCCCGUUCUAAAAGGGGGUGGCCAAAUACCAACCAGCUCCCCUAAAAUGUUGUGCAAGAAGGAGCGAGAAUCUGUACCCCCUUCUUCGGAAGGCAGAAACCCAACCCCAGAAGUGUGAUGAUCCAGCCACUUGUCGCUGUCCUGGAGUUAGCCAGCUCCUAGGAAAUGCCCCUCUGCCUGCAGGCUCUGCAGCAUCCGUGGGCCAGCCAACCCACGGAGCACGGCCUGUGACGUUGAGCAAAGCUUCAUGGUGGGCAUCGCACCUUCUGUGUGGGGCUUUCCGCUUUCUCAGUCAAAACACGGAGCUCCAGCUCUCCCACAACAAUCCCGGAAGAGAUUAUUUAUGUGGCAACCUCAUUUCAGAAUGAUGAACACCAUUUUUAAUUGGGCCAAGCCUUUUGAGUGGUUUCUUUUUAAAUAGAUGCACCUUUCCUCUUUAAGCAAUGCACUUUAAUUCUUCUGGCCAGUGUCCCCCAGUUCAGGAAGUUACAAAGGGAAGGUUUGUGGUGAGUGCAAGGCUCCAGACCAAUGGGAAGGUUUGCCCAAACACCCCUUUCUGGAAAUUCCUGGUGAUGUUUCAAAGCAAAGAUGUUCUUCUGUGUUGUUUUAUUAUCUACUAAUUUACAGGGAAUAUUUAUUUUUUUAAUGAUGUAACAUGUAUUUAUGCCUCUGUUGUUUAAUUGCACACUAAGGCCAGAUGACCAUUGGGCCGUGCUGCCCUUUGGUACGUUCUGCAAUUAAUAAGGCUUAUGCCGAGACAUCAAACGGUACUACCCUCAGCAUUAACGACUAGCUGGAUUUUAUCGUUCUGUGGGUUUGUUGUUUUAUUUUUAACCUGCUGCUUUAAAAAAACAAGAAGAAAACUUGAGUCUGCUGCUCUGAGGUUUGUUGAAUGUAUCCAAGGCAGGAAUUCACCUUGGGUUUGUACUACGCCACUACCCCACCCCACCGAGGCCACAGUCUGUCUUAUCUGUGUAUUUUUUUAUGUCACAGGAAUGUAACGACACAUGUGCUUCCUUGUCUGAAUAAAAACAUUAGCCACUGGGGGAUGGAAAAUGGACACUUUUUUUUAGCAUUAUUUGGUUCAGGAGGCCACUUAUGAAUUUGACAUGCAGAAACUCUACAAGGUCCAGUAAAUGUUGUUGUUAUUGUGAUGAUACUGCAUACUUGAAGAGGCCCGGUAAUUAAUUGUGCUGGCAUUCAUUUCAGAGCCACACCCAGCAAGAGAAUUUGUUCCUGUCUUGGGUUCACAGAAAAAGCUGCUUUGCCUUCAGGUGUUGCUCAUGUGAUGGCCCUCAUCUGGAGGGGUGCUGAGCGAUCUGAUGAAGCCAGAGGGAAUCCACGUGCUCAUCACAUCCAGAACUAUUCUGGUAGUCUUUUUUGUUUGUUUGCUUGUUUAUUGAUGAUGCAAACUCCCACGUGCUGUGUAUAUUAUAUAUAUAUAUAAAACAGGUUUUCUUUUCCUUUGCCACACAGCUUGAUAUCUGUCCCCCCCCCCCCCGCCCGAUCCCCACAUACACACACACAGCACGACACAGGUGGCCUUCUGGAACCAAUCUCUCCCACCCCCAUCAAUUCUGAUCUCAUCCUGGUGAAAGGGUACAUUCACAUCACUGUACAUUAUUACAGAUGGACAUCCGUCUUCCCUCCCCUCCCUGUUUUAUUUUGUAAAUAUAUCUGAUGUUUGGAGCUUGGGUAUACAAAAUGUAAAUAUAGUUCAUGUAUUUGUACUAAUUCUGAUCCAUUUUGCUGUAUAGCCUUUAGGUGUGCAAUGCAGAUAAUAUCUAACUCCGUGUAUGGUAACCUUGCACCACUGAAUGAUUAGUGAAAGAGGUGGAAAACAAUAAAGAUAAAAACAGUACGUUACCAAGGUA